AUGAAUGCCAUACAUGUCAUUAUGGCAACAUCAACAUCUGCUAAUCCACAUAAUGCACCAAAUGAACGUAUUGAAAAUAUUGCUCGAAAAAGAAAAAUGUCAUCUAUUACAUUUUUUAUUUUUGGAAUUCUUCUUAUUAUUUCUGGUUCAUUAUUAGCUUCAUUUGAAAGUCAAAGAUUUUCUGUAUCAUUUAUUGUUUUUGGUAUUAUUGGACUUAUAUUUGCUUUUAUGUAUUGGAUAUCAGCAGAAAAAAUAUUAAUAGAAUUACGAAAAUUUAAUGCAGAUCGAAUGAGACAAGCACAAUUACAAGCUCAAAAUUCUAGUGUAUGUCAUUCAAGAAAUAUUAUCAACAGAGAUUUCGAUGGUUCUAAUCCUACAAUUCGUGUUGGUUUACCAAGCUAUGAACAAAGUGUUGUACCUCCAAUAGAAAUUCCACCGUCUUAUGAAGAAGCAAUACAAAUCAAAUCAAUGAGUUCUUCUAAUGAUAAUUCUAGUCAACAAUCAUCAUCAAUACCGAUUCAUUCAAUAUCUUUAUCUAUCGAUCAAACUACAAAUACAACAACAUCUAAUGAAAUACAUAAUCGAGAACAAUUAACAUCGAAUUCUUCAUCUUAA